AAAUAAAUGUUUCUUAUCAAAAAUAAUCAGUUUCCUCCUUAUCGUGGUCGUUAGUAUGUUACCUACACACCUAACAAAAUAGUUGCAAGCUGUGUCACUCUUCGUCCUUAAAAUGUGGAUCUUCUUAUUAAUAACACUUUGUACCAUUUGUAAUGGACUUGCGUACAAAGCUGCAGUUGUCGAGUAUUAUCCUUCAACAGAAGCCCAACCCAUGGACACAAUCAAAAAGAAUAUAGAAGAGUAUAGGACGUACGUAGACAGCGCAAGAAAACAAUCUGUCGAUAUCAUAGUGUUCCCAGAAUAUGGUCUUACGACUUUAACUAAAGAUCCAGAAGAAUAUGCCGUUGAAAUAACUAGUACUAAUGAAAUCAUUUCAAAGCUUAGCACUUUGGCCAAAGAACAUGAGAUGUACCUAGUCAUAAAUCUUCUAGAAAAAGAAACGAUCGCCAACCAAAUAUACUACUACAACACAAAUUUGGUUUUUGAUCGGAAUGGCACAACCAUAGCCAAAUACCGCAAAAUCAAUCUCUUCGACGAGGCUAAACUGACUCCAGGAUCUCACAACCAAACCAACACUUUUCUGACCGACUUUGGGGUCACUUUUGGGAUAUUUACUUGUUUCGACAUCUUGUUUAAAAGUCCGUCAAGAACCGUUCUCGAGAGUACUAAGGUCACUGAUAUUGUUUAUCCAACAGCGUGGAUUUCUAUAAUCCCCUUCUAUCAUUCUUUGAGUGUCCAACACGGGUAUGCGGUCGCUAACGGAGUUAAUCUUCUGGCCGCUAAUUACGCAAAACCGAACGCGGGCCGCGGUGGUAGCGGUAUAUAUUUAACUGAUGGGAAAAUAGCGGAGAAAUACAUUGGAGAUACAGCAAGUACUAAACUUAUAGUCCAAGAAGUCGGGAAGCAAUCGACUAGAGAAGACAGAACGAAAUGUCCAACUCGAUUACCGUUUGGACUUCCGUCAGAUUUAGGAAAAUCUAACGUCAGUAACUAUAUGGCACUCACAGCUUUCACUGCAUCAGAUUACACAUUCCAAAACAUUAAUUUGACACAGGGUAACAUCUCCGAAACAGUUUGCCACAAAAACUUUUGUUGCAAUUUUGACCUGAAACUAGAUCCAAAUAACGUCAUUGCUUCAGAACACUACAAACUAAUGGCAUAUGAUGGAAUGGUAAAUUAUAACGAAAUUCAGCUUCAUAUCCGUACCUGCAGUCUAUUAUUUUGUGAAAAUGAUUCCAACGACAGUUGUGGUAAAAGACAAGAAACGACAUCCACCAAGUUCACAAAAAUAACAGUCAGUGGAAAUCUGCCCACCGAUAAUACGACUUUUUAUACACCCGUCACGCUUAACACUUAUCUUUUAACAAUACCGCAAAUUCCAUACUGUGACACUCAAAACGGAACUGAUACCACCUAUGUGCAGUUGUCUACGCCAAAAGCGCAGCAAAAUCUUCUAGUUUUUGGUUUGCUUGGACACACUCAGGCUCCAAUUGAUGAUCACAAUGACAACGGAGAUGACGAUGAUGGCAAUUCAGCAGUGAAAGCUUCCAGUCUUCUCUUACUUGUAGUUUUGAGUGUUGUUAAAUGUUUGCUGUAUUAAUUACACUAGGAAUUUAAUUUUGUAGAAGCGAGGUAAAAAAUAAAUCCUAAAUGCCUUUCA